AUGUUCCCAAACACUGUCAAAUUGUUAAGAAAGAAAAACCCAUUACCAUUAUCGGAUCCUUUGCAAUCAUUGAAUGCCUUCUUGGAUAAAGACGGAUUAUUAAGAGUUGGUGGUCGUCUUUCGCAGUCAAUGAAAGAUUACGAAUCUCAGCAUCCACUGAUCCUUCAUGGAAAGCAUUAUCUGUCAACCUUGAUCGUACAGAGUGAACAUAAACGAUUGUGUCAUGCUGGUCCAAAGCUUACUUUAGGAUCUCUUCAGGAUACCUAUCAUAUCAUUAGUGCACGUAGAGUCGUUCGUAAGUUGAUACGUGAGUGUGUAGUGUGCAAGCGAGCAUCUCCAAAGAUAACAACUCAACUGAUGGGUCAACUUCCGUCAGCACGUGUUUUGCCCACCUUUGCCAAUGAGAGAGUCUCGGUUGAUUAUGCUGGACCGUUUACACUAAAGAUAGGAUCAGUUCGAAAGCCAACGUAUCGCAAAGCCUAUGUAGCAGUUUUUGUUUGCCUCGUAACCACAUCGAAUUAG